UGGUUUUCUAAUUCCAGAUUAUUCAAGAAAUUCCGUACAUUCCUAUAACUUCUGACUACAUGAAUCACUAUUUAGGUAUGUGCCUUCCAUCUUCGUGCAAUUCAGAUGAUGUACGGCAGCUUAUUAAACUCAUUCCGUUUCCUGGAUCGUCUGCUCUUGAGAGAUGUGAAGUAAAGUCAGAAGGAGAAGUGGACAGAACUCAUAUGGCCAUAAUGUGCGUUUUUAUUUUCCUAUUCGUCCUUGUUUGUGCUAGUACUUUUAUCGACUGGAUUUUGCAUUCUGGAAAAGAAAACUUGAAACUUAACAGAGACGACAAAAGAUGUGUGUCGGUCACAGUUGCAUUUUCUUUCUGCAACAACACCAAACGUCUACUUAAGAAUAUAAAUGAUGAUAACGAAGGACUGCUGUUGGGAAAUUGUGUUCGCGGAGUUGUGGUCGCGUCAGUGGCUUGGAUAAUCUUAGGACAUACUUAUGUCUUCCCUUUCAAAGCAUUUUAUAUGCAAGCAAGCUCAUUGGAAUACCUUCGAAAUUACUUGGAACAGUAUUAUUUUAGUUUCAUAUUGAGCUUUCCCCUAGCAUAUGAUGCCUUGUUUGUGUGCAAUGGAUUUCUUUUGACAUUUCCUUUUUGGUAUUCUUCAAGCAAGAGCCAAGACGUUAGCGUGAAUGUAAUUUACUUGGUAAUCAAAAAUUAUAUCAGGCUUUGUUUACCUUUGCUGCUUUGCCUUGGGAUCACAGUUCUGCUACCACUCAUAGGAUCUGGACCUUUCUGGAAUGAAAUUUUAGGUGAGACGGUAUCUAAAUGUAAAGAAAAUGCAUGGGCACACAUAGGAAUGUAUAGUAAUUUCUUUUCAGAGAAGGAACAGUGUUUACCUCAUUUGUGGUACGUAUCUUGUUUGGCUCAAUUGACAUUGAUUGGAAUUUUAUUUGCAUGGAUCUUGUCAAAGAGUGCGAAGUUUGGUAUAUUUCUAAUAGUGAUAACAGUAGCUGGCUGUAAUGCAGCAGUAGGAAUUAUUACUUUGAAAAAUGAAUUUCCACCUUCAUAUAUUGCCUAUUUUACUGAAAACAGCUCAUCUUUAUUCUGGAAGAUAAAUUUAGCUCUACCUCUAAGCCAUUUUGGACCUUAUGCGGCAGGUAUGCUUACUGGAAUACUAAUUGCCAGGAGGAUUCAUCAUAAAAUCAGAUUUUGUGUUGGCGGACUUGGUUGGAUUGUCUGCGUCGGACUAAUAUAUGGAAUUGUGCUAGUGACAUAUAAAUACAGGGAUGAUAGUCUGAGUGCCUAUUGGUCUGCAGUAUAUGCCAGUAAUCACAGAACAAUAUUUGCCCUCUGUGUUGCUUGGAUCAUGAUUGCAUGUUCUUUCGGAACUGGAG